AUGUCGUCAGGCCAGAGUUCAAAGGCGGAGGAGAAGGCGGAUGACGAUGCGCUCCACACGCCCUCCACCGAGUCGAACCUCAACGACAGUCCAGACCUGGAGAAAGGCGACGGCCAGCAGCACGAGAAAGGACAGCAGCAACAGCCGUCUUCCAAACCGGAAGACACCGCAGAAGAUCCCUUCCUCGUGAAAUUCGAGGAAAAUGAUCCCGAAAAUCCAAAGAACUGGAGUGCCAACUACAAGGCCUGCCUGACCCUCCUGCUGGGCAUGCUGGCCUUCGCCGGCUCCUUUGGAAGCUCCGUCAUCUCGCCCGCCCAGCCCGAGAUCGCCAAAGAAUUCGGCAUCAGCGAAGAAGUCACCGUCCUCACCGUCUCGCUCUACGUCCUGGGCUUCGCCUUCGGGCCAUCUCUAUGGGCUCCAAUUAGUGAGGUGUACGGCAGGAAGGUCAGUAUCCUGCCCGCCGUCUUCAUCCUCGGCCUCUUCAGCAUCGGGAGUGCGGCGAGCAAGUCGGCCGCGAGCUUGCUCAUCACCAGAUUCUUCGGCGGCGUCUUCGGCUCCGCACCCAUCAGCAACGUCUCUGGUGCUCUUGGUGAUCUCUACGAGCCCAAAGCGCGAGGCGUCGCCGUCACCUUCUACGCUGUCGCCGUCGUAGGCGGGCCGACCAUCGCACCUGUCGUCGGCAGCGCAUUAACAGUCACGCUAGGCUGGCGCUGGACGGAAUGGAUCGAAGCCAUCCUCGUCUUCUUCAUCUGGGCCAUCGCCCUCUUCGCCCUGCCCGAGGUGUUCCCUCUCGUCAUCCUCAAGCGCAAAGCGAAGCGCUUGCGGAAGGAAACGGGCGACGACCGCUACUGGCACCCGCACGAGAAGGAGAAGAUCGACCCCCACAACAUCUUCCAGAAGCAUCUUUCCCGGCCGAUUCGCAUGCUCUGUACAGAGCCCAUGGUGACGUGUAUCGCCAUCUACGCUUCCUUCGUCUACGGCCUCGUCUACCUCACCCUCGAGCUCUUUCCCAUCGUGUACAGGGAAGAGCGUCACUGGGGCGCUGUUGUCUCGACACUUCCUUUCCUCGGGCUCUUCAUAGGCGUCCUAGGAGCCGUGGGAGUAAAUCUCGGCAACCAACCACGCUACAUCCGCGCCGUGGAAGCCAACAAAGGCCGCGCCGUACCCGAAGCCCGCCUACCUCCCAUGGUAACAGGCGGCGUGCUCUUCGUCAUAGGCCUCUUCUGGUUCGGCUGGACGGCGAAUCCCAGCAUCCCGUGGCCGGCGUGUACAGUCGCCACAGCCUUUAUUGGCGCAGGCUUCAACAUCAUCUUCCAGCAGUGCAUCAAUUUCUUGGUUGAUACCUAUGGACUCUACGCGGCCAGUGCCGUGUCUGGAAAUACAGUAUUACGAUCCUUCUUCGCCGCGGGUCUUCCGCUGGCUGCCAAACCCAUGUUCCGCGCCCUCGGCGUCGGCGGAGGAUCUUCUUUACUCGGCGGCUUCGCUUGCUUGGCUCUCCCCGUACCCUUCAUUUUCAUGAAGUACGGGCUAAAGUUGAGGAAGAUGAGCAAGUUUGCGCCGGUACCGGAUGAUUGA